AUGCACGCCUUGAGUGCAGACGGGCGCUAUGCCCACGCGCGCGCCAUCCUCGGCCUGGAGCUGCACGAGAAGUUGCCUACCCUGAAGGUCUUGCUCGUCG